AUGACAGUUUCUUCAAGCAACUGUUUCCGGCCAGAGUUUUCCAAUAACGGGCAGCCAUCUUGUGGCAGUAUGGACGCCAAUAUGGACCUCAAUGACGUCAUAAAUGCCGCCAUUUUGUAUUUAUUUGAGAAUGAUGAUAAUAGUAAUAGUAGUAGUAGUAGCAGUUUUAGUACUAUAACUACUGAUACACAGAAUGCUAUUACUUUGGGAAAUGUUACCGAAGUAUUUGGCGAUAAUUCUAUCAUUGCUAAUUUGGUCUAUUUGAAACUCAUCAACAAUAUCAACAACAACAACAAUAUCAACAUCUAUGACGUCAGCCUCGUGCCAACAAUAGCAACAACUGCUAAGCUACAGUCUGCUUACGAUAGAGCUAUCGCUACAAUCUUUGAACCAGCAGCAGCCAACGACGACACUGCUACUACUACUACUACUCUUACAGCUGCUGUUACUACCACUACUUUCGCUGCUACUUUUGCAGCGACUACUACAACUACUAAUGUUGGUGAUUGUAGAAAACAGACAUUUUGCCCUUGGAUUUGCAAUUCAAUGAGGAUUGGUUUAUGUAGCGGUUUUAACGUUCUGACAGUUACUACUUCUACAACAACAACAACAACUACUACUACUACUUCUACUACUACUGCCCCGGCUACUGCUGCUACUGCCCCGGCUACUAGUAGACUUGCUACUACCUAUACUACAACUGACAAUACUACGAUAAGUAGAAGUAGUUUGGAUGCCGCUACUACGGCAGCCACAAUUACCUCCACUACAGAUACAACAACUACUGCCACUAUUAUUACAAAUGUUUUAGGAGAUACUGUCAAUAGAGCUGCUACAGAAAACGCUAUUGUUAAAUCUGACUUGAAAAUUUCUACGGAUGUUUAUGAUCCUUACAUUAGAAAAACUCCGGAUACAUAUAAUCCCGAAGUAGAGAGUACUGCGAAGUACUUCAGAGAAAUGGAUUUUGUAGCCAAUAGCGAACAAGUUAGCGAAACCGGAAACGAGUAG